AUGGAUCUCCACGAACUCGAUGAAAUUCGGUUAGAGGCUUAUGAUAAUUUGAAGAUCUACAAGGAGAGAACCAAAACCUUUCAUGAGAAAAAGAUCCAACGUAAGGAUUUAAGAGCUAGAGACAAAGUCCUCGGGAAGCUCAAGUCGAGAUGGUCAGGGCCCUUCGAAAUUAAGGAGAUUAUGCCUUAUGGAGCAGUGACCCUACUCGGGAAAGAUGGGAAUGAGUUUAACGUUAAUGGGCAAAGAGUGAAGAAAUACAUGGCGAAUGAGAGCAUAGAGGUGGGGAAAUCUCUGUACCUCACCGAUACUGCACCAGUCUGA